AUGGUCACCGACGUGGGCUUGACGCCCCUCGUCAGGGAGCUGCGUAACUGGUCCAAGGAGGUCGCUGUGAAGGACCUUGCCGUGCCUGCGACAGAGUGGGUGAAAUGGCGGGGUGAGCUCGCCACUCUCUGCGGUCAGCAGGCGAGGGACAAAUCUGCCACAGUGGGGUUCUUGGGGCACAUCGCCCAGAGCCCAGAAGCACCGACGCCGAAGCGCAGGAAGGUCAUUGUGAAGAGCAGUCCCGUGGUCCUCUCAGCAAAGGGCAUUGUUACCACCUCGGUCGAGACCGUCGAGACCGAGACCGCCUUGGCAGCAGACGCCCCCGCGCCGACCACUCCCAACCCCAAGGCGUCCAUGGAGGCUGGGGCUGCCGACGCAGCCGCCGUGGUCCCCGCGGACGGGACUGCGCCUCAGGGGCCUCCUAGCGUUGUUGAGGUGGCCACUCAGCAGGUGAUGCUUCACGACGCCAUCGCCGCGUGGCAGUCGCCUGAGAUGGGCCCAGCCACAGGGCCAGUGGUGCGCCUCUUCAUGCUGGAGCUGGAAGCUUGGAUUUUCAAGUUGACUAUCGCCAGUGCAGGCUCUGGAAUUGAUGAUGAUUUAGCGCCAGACAUCGGCCUCGAGAAGAUUCGCCUGCGGUCUGCCACUGACGCUAAGGUACUCACGCUGACCGACCGGUGCGCUCCAGUUACGUUGAGCUUUGCUGGGCGUGUAACGCGUUGCCCUAAGAAGGGUGCGCUUCAUGUUUGUUCGCAGUUUGGCAUGGACUUCUACUUGGUCCCAGAGGAGACGUCCGACCUGGCCGCCUCGGAUACGUUCCUGCCGGCGCGGGCUGUGCCAGAGAAGAAGGGCAAGAACAGCGCGUCCAUGGAGUUGGCGUCCAGGGAGCGCACCUUCACCUUCACGUACAGGACCCUACUGAAGCCUGAGAUCAUCAACACCGCGGUCGCCCUUUGGUCGUUGACCCGUGCUCCCGACCAGCACGGCGGGGCCGACGGCUCGAUCGAGCUGACGCGCGAUCCCUUCCCAGCUGGCUCGACGACCGUGCAGGCCAUCCCCACGCCUGCGCAGCUUCGCAGGCAGCAGGCUUCUGCCGCGGGCGCGGCGCUCAGGGUGCCGCCCCAGUGGACGUCGUGCAAGUUUUUGUUCCAGUGA